AUGAGGAUCUGGUGGUAUUCAUCCAGUUCAGAAGUGUAUACUGCAGACAUUUUUAAUCCACAUGUAUUAGAUACUCCAGCUGUGAUUUUUGACAAUGGGUCAGGACUCUGCAAAGCAGGUUUAUCUGGAGAGAUUGGACCCCAUCAUGUCAUCAGCACAGUUGUGGGGCAUCCUAAAUUCAGCACACCUUCAGCAGGAGCCAAUCAGAAGUACUUCAUGGGAGAUUCAGCUAUAUUCAAGCAUGAGUACUUACAUUUGCACUAUCCCAUUGAACGUGGCCUGGUCAUGGGGUGGGAUGACAUGGAGAAACUCUGGAAGCAUGUUUUUGAUUGGCUGCUGGGAGUAAAACCUAGUCAUCAUCCAGUGCUGAUGACUGAGCCCUCCUUAAACCCAAGGGAGAAUAGAGAGAAGAUGACAGAAUUAAUGUUUGAGACCUUCAAUGUUCCUGCCUUCUACCUGUCCAACCAGGCAGUGGUAGCACUUUAUGCUUCUGCUUGUGUCACAGGCCUGGUGGUAGACAGUGGGGAUAGGGUCACCUGCACUGUCCCCAUCUAUGAGGGUCAUUCUCUGCCUCAUGCUGUCACCAAGCUUGCUGUGGCAGGGAGGGAUAUCACAGAGCACCUCACGCGGCUCCUCCUUGCUGGCGGGUGUAACUUCCCUUGCAUGUUUGACAAGGCCUUGGUGGAUGACAUCAAACAGAAGUUGUGCUAUGUGGCAGUGGAGCCAGAGAACGAGCUAUGCAAGAGGCCACAGGAUAUUCUAAGAGAAUACAAGCUGCCAGAUGGGAAUGUCAUCCACAUUGGGGACCAGCUGUUUCAGGCACCUGAAGUUCUAUUUGCACCUGAUCAGCUGGGCAUCCACAACCCAGGUCUCUCAAAAAUGGUCUCCAGCACCAUCAUGAAGUGUGACACUGACAUCCAUGCCACACUUUUUGCCGAGAUUGUGCUGUCUGGGGGCACCACUCUCUUCCCUGAGCUUGAGGAACGACUCAUGAAAGAGCUGGAGCAGCUGGCUGCCAAAGGGAUCCCCAUCAAGAUCACAGCUCCUCCUGACAGGUGUUUCUCCACAUGGAUAGGUGCAUCCAUUGUGACCUCUCUGAGCAGUUUCAAGCAGAUGUGGGUCACUUAUGAAGAUUUCAAGGAGUUUGGGAAAUCUGUGGUUCAGAGAAGAUGCUUUUAA